AAUAAGAUUUUUAAUACGCAAAAAAAAAAGAAAAGAAAAAAAAAAAUCCUUACUAUUACAACUACUUAUAAUUAUAAUGAUUAUUCUUUUUUGUUGUCAUCAGCUUUCAUUUGCGUUAUCGCAGCGGAUACUCAUAAUGGCUUCGGAGCACCUCGUCCUCCCAGCAACGGCUAUGCGCCCCCAAGUAACACCUAUGGCACGCCCAACGGUGGCUACGGAGUAGACCCUGAGAUUGCUGCUUUGGCCGAGAACAUUCCCGGGGGCGGUGUCCCCGGCGAGGACUACCCCGUUUUGGCUUCCGUGCCCGACACCGGCUUCUCGUGCGAUGGCCAGGCUGUGCAAGGUUAUUACGCUGACACUGCAGCUGAAGCUGGCUGCCAGGUGUUCCAUAUCUGCCAGGACCGCGCCCUUAGGCGCCAACAGGACUCGUUCCUGUGCCCCAACGGUACCAUCUUCAACCAGCAGUACCUGGUAUGUGACUGGUGGUUCAACGUGGACUGUUCUCAAGCUGAGAGCUUCUACUCCGUCAACGAACUCAUCGGAGUCGUUCCCAGCGCUGGCUAUGCCUACGCUACUGCCACCAAUGGUCUUGCCAUUGGCGACGGCAACGGAUAUGGAAAUAGAAGGAAAUGAAAUGGAAGUAAGAAUGGGAAACUGCGCCCUGCGCUUUCAUGAAACUCCUUUCUACAUACGAUUGUAAAUAUAUAUAUAGAUAUUUAUGCAUUAAUUUUAAAUUAUUGCCUGGUUCUCAAAUUUGGCAUCUUUGCUGGAUUACCUGAAGGCACCUCUCUGUUUGAAUCGUAUACCUUACAUAUUUAUUUCCUGCACUCAAAUAAACAUGAAA